GUUUUUUUAGUGUGUGAGUAUUUAAUAUUUGUUUCAAAUUCUUUUUGUUUUAAUUUUUUUUCAUCUUUUAACCUAAUUAACGUCAUGUUGUCAAUACUCUUAUUAUCGUGCUUCGUGGGCUGUUCCGUUCUAUCUGUAAACGCCUAUGAUACUUACUACAACCAAAGCCAAGUGAUGGACGCUUCGAUAAACUAUAUGUUUACAUGUUUAAGCGAAUUGCAAAUAAAUCCCGACGUGUGCAAAGAAAUGUUAAACAAGAACACAGAUAAAGACGAUAAGAAGUUCGAUGGCUGCAAGUGUCUUGGUCCGUGCGUUGGCAAAAAAAUGGGAACGAUGAACGCGGAAACUGGCAAGUGGGAUCUGGAAAGGUUCAAAACGUUGACUGACCUGCUCGAAAGCGGAGCACUUAAGGACGAGGCCAAAAAAAUAGAAGAGUGCGUCAAAGACGAAGUCAACACUCAUUGCAAUGCCGGUUAUCCGAUGGUGUUGUGCAUUAUGAAACAUUCUUCUAUGGCUAAAGAAAUGCUUCAAAACUACAUGGAUUCCAAUGAGGAAUCCAACGAACAGAAAGGAGACCAAUAGCCAUCGUGGAAGAAUAUUACAAAGUUAUAUUAUUAUAUAAUUUAAACGUUGUCAAAAUGUAAUAACUGAAUAAUUUACACGCACCGUUUACAUAAGUAGCUUAAUUAACACCAACAGUAGCCAACAACGUCUUUCAUGGCAGCUGUUGCUAAUGUAAACUGAAGAAAACAAUAUUAUUGUAUUGUACUUUUACCAAAUUCGACACGCAUAAUUUAUUAUUAUUAUUAUUAUACUAGAAACUAUCAUUUGUUUAUUGUUUCGAGUAAUAUAAAAACGUUUAGCGCACUCUGUCGAUAAAUAAUAAUUAACAAAAUGAUCGAAACUCGACCUGUCACAAUUACAACACAAACAA